UCAUUCUUUUACUCAACCCUCUCUCUCUGUCUCGCUCGCGUAUGUUCUUGUAUUCUACUCGUUUUUUUCACUUGUAUGUAUCUCAAAAGAUUUCGAUAUAUGAAAGUUUCUGCUUCUGGGAUUUUCUCCUCUUUACUCUGGGGCUUAAAAAGUUUUCAUUUUGGGGCAAAAUUUGUGGAGAAGUAUAUGUAGCUCCAUCGUUUAUAGGAAUCUUGGAGUUUAUUCUCUGAAGUUAAGCUGUUUAGGCACUUGUCUAGGCUGCGGACAUAGAAAGCGGCAUGAUGUCAAAUUCAUUCCCUACUUUGUCUUUCAAAGGUAUAACAUGGGCUGGAAAUGUAUACCAAAAGUUCGAGGCUAUGUGUUUGGAGGUGGAAGAAGCUAUGUACCAGGAUACAGUUAAGUACGUUGAAAAUCAGGCGCAGAAAGUUGGUGUUAGCGUAAAGAAGUUCUGUUCAGAAGUCAUGGAGGACAUGCAUCGAUCCAGUGACCAUCCUCUGUCAUGCAUAGAUUCCACAAGCGUAGCUUCUGAUGACAUGUCUCUCAUCUCUUAUGGUUAUGCUGAUGUCAACAAAAGGCCGACACCAGGAAUAUUGGGUGAUAAUUGGGAUAUAAAGAAGAAAGAGAAUCAAGAUCAAGUUCUCUCGACUACAACUGCAGAAAAAGAAUCAUUGCCAAGUGAUGGAGAUUUAGGCCUUUUCUUGCCUCAGUCCCCUGGAAUCUUUAUUGAGAAUAAAUCCCCGGAGAAAUUUAAGAAAAUCGGGAUACAGAGGCGUGGAAUUGGCAUUAAAAGAAUCUCCAAAAGCAAUAAUCCUUCAAAAGACUUGUGUCUGAAUACUUCUGUAUCAGAAGAUAAGAGGAGCAAGCUUGCGAAUUGCGAAACGAGAACUAGGUCCAGGGCCACCUUUGACAACACUAGGUCCAGGGUCACCUCUAACAAUGCAGACCUUACGUCAUCCUUGGUCUCCAUUGGGAGGUGUGAACCUGGGAAAGCAGCAGUGAAAGGAAAUGCACGAUGUCUUGAUCAUCCAAUUGAGUCUCCUGCUUCUGACAAAAUUUUGUCCUCUGAAUCUGUAAGGCCUGAUAGUUCAAGGAUGGCCCCUGAUGACCCUACUGUGACAUCUUCAUUGAACACGGUGAGGGAGCAACCUGGUGAAGCAGUGAAUGGAAACACGGCUCCCCAAGAUAAUCUAAUCGAGCGUCCUGCUUCCGAAAAGGUUCGAGAGACUGAAUCCACGAGGAAAGUUGAACAUGUUUCUGGUUGCAUUCCUCCUGCUUCUGCAAAUAAUUUAAUAGAUGAAUCGGUGAGGUUGGAAGGAGAUCCUGAGUCUACUGCAUCCUGUUCAUACUCGCCUGCAGAUUCGACAGGUGCAUCCGUGAGUGAUAUUGUUGGGGGCUCGGGUUCUAGAAGUAGUAAGGCUUGCAAUCCUGAAUAUGAGGAAAAUAGAGUUACUGUGUUUAAUGAAGGUACAUCCAUUACAGAUUGCUUGUCAACUGCUAUUUCUCCAUCAUGCAAUGCUGAGUCUAGCAGCAAGGAUUUCAUCACAACUACUAAAGAUAGCUUUGAUAUGGAGUUUGUAGAAAACAACAAGGUUUCUGAGCUGAGACAAGAACCGAUUGAGACCGAUAAAUGUAGGGAUGAUUUGGAGGAAAGCUGUAUCUUCGUGAAUGGAGACGAGCUCCAUUUUGACCUUCAACGGACUAGGAAACACAAGUCAUACAAGAAAAGGAUCCGCGAAGCACUUUCAUCCAAGUUGAGAUCAAGGAAAGAUGAACAGCAUGUCUCGUCCCAAGACGAGCAAGUGAGGUGGGGUCGUGCUUUUGCUGACGAUUCCAAGGAACAGAAAGUGUCAGCUUGUGAAUCUGUUGAAUCAGAUUGGGAGCUUCUUUAGAAGGCUCUUAUAAAUGAAUAUGAAGAUGCUAUAAAAUUGUGAAUAAUUGGAGAAGAUGAUGUGCUCUGCAUCUAAAUUAGCAUGCAACAAAAAGAAGUGAAAAUGCAUUGUUUGCUUCUAUAUGUCAAUAUCAUAAAAUCAUAUUAUACUCUCUCUAUAAUGAAGUCCCCGAGUAUUGCCGGUUUCUCUCCGGUUGGAAUGGUAUUAAGUUCUCAAUAUUUGAAUAAGAUGAUAGUUUAGGCA